GGAAUUGCUACAAAGCCGGCGUGGACUUGAUGAAUAUGGGAUGUCAGAAUUGCAAGGGCUCUUUUGUUCUUUAAAGGUCUCUGUAGGUUUGAGAUACAUUUUCCCAUUGGAAUAUCCCUAAGGGUCAUGAGUCAAACUGAUGCUCCCCGGCCUCUUAACUGGACCAUUCGAAAGCUGUGCCAUGCUGCCUUUUUACCUUCUGUCAGACUUCUCAAGGCUCAGAAAUCAUGGAUCGAAAGAGCAUUUCACAAGAGGGAGUGUGUGCACAUUAUACCAAGCACCAAAGACCCCCAUAGGUGUUGCUGUGGGCGUCUCAUAGGCCAGCAUGUUGGCUUAACGCCAAGUAUUUCCGUCAUCCAAAAUGAGAAGAAUGAAGGCAGACUAAAUCGUAACGAUGUACAGUCUGAAAAGUGGUCGAUUGGAAAACACACACAGCUCAGCCCCACCGAUGCCUUCGGAACUAUUGAAUUUCAAGGAGGGGGUCAUUCCAAUAAAGCUAUGUAUGUGCGAGUGUCAUUUGACACAAAACCAGAUCUUCUACUGCAUCUCAUGACAAAAGAGUGGCAGCUGGAACUCCCGAAACUUCUCAUAUCUGUCCAUGGAGGCCUCCAAAACUUUGAGCUCCAACCGAAACUCAAACAGGUCUUUGGGAAAGGCCUAAUUAAAGCUGCCAUGACAACAGGGGCCUGGAUAUUUACUGGAGGAGUCAACACGGGGGUCAUUCGUCAUGUUGGAGACGCAUUAAAAGAUCAUGCUUCAAAGUCAAGAGGCAAGAUCUGCACCAUUGGAAUUGCUCCUUGGGGAAUCGUAGAAAACCAAGAGGAUCUAAUUGGUAAAGAUGUGGUUCGCCCGUACCAAACCAUGUCAAAUCCUAUGAGUAAAUUGACAGUACUCAAUAGCAUGCACUCACAUUUCAUUCUUGCUGACAAUGGAACUACAGGAAAAUAUGGGGCUGAAGUAAAACUACGGCGACAGCUGGAGAAGCACAUAUCCCUUCAAAAAAUCAAUACACGAAUUGGACAAGGUGUUCCUGUAGUAGCUCUAAUUGUAGAAGGUGGACCCAACGUGAUAUCGAUUGUCUUAGAAUAUCUACGUGACAGUCCUCCAGUCCCUGUUGUAGUCUGUGAUGGAAGUGGACGUGCAUCUGACAUACUUGCCUUUGGUCAUAAAUACUCUGAAGAAGGAGGUCUUAUCAAUGAAUCCCUAAGAGACCAGCUGCUAGUUACAAUUCAGAAGACUUUUACCUACACUCGUACACAGGCACAGCACCUAUUUAUGAUCCUCAUGGAAUGCAUGAAGAAAAAAGAGCUGAUCACUGUUUUCAGAAUGGGAUCAGAAGGUCAUCAAGAUAUUGAUUUAGCAAUCCUUACAGCUCUGCUGAAAGGUGCCAAUGCCUCUGCUCCGGACCAGCUUAGCCUUGCAUUAGCCUGGAAUCGAGUGGAUAUCGCUAGAAGUCAGAUCUUUAUAUAUGGGCAACAGUGGCCGGUGGGGUCCCUUGAGCAAGCAAUGUUGGAUGCCCUUGUUCUGGACAGAGUAGAUUUUGUGAAAUUACUUAUAGAAAAUGGAGUAAGCAUGCAUCGCUUCCUAACCCUCUCAAGACUAGAAGAGUUAUACAAUACGAGGCAUGGGCCUUCAAAUACCUUAUACCACUUGGUCAGGGAUGUAAAAAAGCGAGAAUAUCCAGGUUUCGGUUGGAUCUAUUUUAAGGGGAAUUUGCCACCGGAUUACAGGAUAAGCCUGAUUGAUAUUGGACUUGUUAUUGAGUACCUCAUGGGAGGAGCAUAUCGUUGCAACUACACAAGAAAAAGAUUUAGAACGCUAUACCACAAUCUCUUUGGACCAAAAAGACCAAAAGCCUUGAAACUACUUGGUAUGGAGGAUGACAUCCCUAUACGGAGAGGGAGAAAGACCACAAAAAAGAGAGAAGAGGAAGUAGACAUUGAUUUGGAUGACCCAGAGAUUAAUCACUUUCCUUUCCCUUUCCACGAGCUCAUGGUGUGGGCUGUACUGAUGAAGCGUCAGAAGAUGGCCUUAUUCUUUUGGCAGCAUGGAGAGGAAGCGAUGGCCAAAGCCCUCGUAGCCUGUAAACUCUGCAAAGCUAUGGCACAUGAAGCAUCAGAAAAUGACAUGGUUGAGGACAUAUCACAAGAACUGAACCACAAUUCCAGAGAGUUUGGUCAGCUGGCGGUGGAAUUAUUAGACCAGUCAUACAAGCAGGAUGAACAGCUGGCAAUGAAACUGCUGACCUAUGAGCUGAAGAACUGGAGUAAUGCCACAUGCCUACAGCUUGCAGUAGCAGCCAAGCAUCGAGACUUCAUUGCUCACACAUGCAGCCAAAUGCUUUUGACAGAUAUGUGGAUGGGCAGGCUGCGGAUGCGCAAAAAUUCAGGUCUUAAGGUCAUUUUAGGAAUUCUGCUACCUCCCUCAAUCCUUAGCCUGGAGUUUAAGAACAAAGAUGAGAUGCCAUACAUGUCCCAGGCAAAUGAAAUGGAUAUGCAAGAGAAAGAAGUGGAAGAACCAGACAAGACUGUGAAGGAUAAAGAAGAUGAUGACAUGGAGCUGACGGGAGUGGUGAGGGUGUGGAGUCGCCCACCCGGGGAAUCGUUUCAAGAAAGAAAGCACUUCAAGAGAAAAUUAACUGCUGCAAUGCUGGCCAGAGGCAAUGUAGAUUCCUCUAGAAAGAAAGAUGAUGAGGACCACUCAAGACAUCGACUAAUUCCUAUUGGAAGGAAAAUCUAUGAGUUUUACAAUGCUCCAAUUGUCAAAUUCUGGUUUUUUACAAUGGCCUACAUGGGGUAUCUUAUGUUGUUCAACUACAUUGUUCUAGUAAAAAUGGAUCGGUGGCCAUCUACACAGGAAUGGAUCGUUAUCUCUUACAUUUUUACCCUGGGGAUAGAAAAAAUGAGAGAGAUAUUGAUGUCAGAGCCAGGAAAGCUGUUACAAAAGUUUAAAGUGUGGCUGCAGGAAUACUGGAAUGUAACAGACCUCAUCUCCAUCCUACUUUUUUCGAUCGGAAUGGUGUUUCGUUUACAAGAGCAGCCCUUCAGCAGCUAUGGGAGAGUGAUAUAUUGCGUGAAUAUUAUCUAUUGGUAUAUUCGCUUGCUGGACAUCUUUGGAGUGAACAAGUACCUUGGGCCCUAUGUCAUGAUGAUUGGCAAAAUGAUGAUUGACAUGAUGUAUUUUGUCAUCAUUAUGUUAGUCGUUUUGAUGAGUUUUGGUGUCGCAAGGCAGGCCAUUCUUUUCCCCAGUGAGCAACCCUCGUGGAAGUUGGCAAAGAAUAUUUUUUACAUGCCAUAUUGGAUGAUCUAUGGAGAAGUGUUUGCAGACCAGAUAGACCCUCCUUGUGGAUAUAACGAGACCACAGAAGAUGGAAAAGUGACUGAGUUUCCUCCGUGUAAGACAGGCGCCUGGAUCGUUCCAGCCAUUAUGGCUUGCUACCUUUUGGUUGCAAAUAUUCUUCUAGUAAACCUAUUAAUCGCUGUAUUUAACAACACAUUCUUUGAAGUUAAAUCAAUAUCAAACCAAGUAUGGAAAUUUCAGCGGUACCAGCUGAUUAUGGCAUUUCACGAAAGGCCUGUCUUGCCACCUCCUUUGAUUAUUUUCAGUCAUUUUACCAUGAUAUGUAAGCACCUUUGCUGUCGAUGGAGAAAGCAUGAACGUGACCAAGAUGAAAGAGAUUACGGACUAAAAUUAUUUAUAACAGAGGACGAACUUAAAAAAGUGCAUGAUUUUGAAGAACAAUGCAUAGAAGAAUAUUUCAGAGAAAAAGAAGAUAGAUUUAAUUCUUCAAAUGAUGAAAGAAUCAGAGUCACUUCUGAAAGAGUGGAAAAUAUGUCCAUGCGUCUGGAAGAAGUGAACGAGCGAGAACAUUUCAUGAAAGCGUCACUACAGACAGUAGAUAUUAGAUUGGCUCAACUGGAGGAAAUGCUGGGGAGGAUGGCUACAGCAAUGGAAAGACUUGUUGGUGUUGAAAGGGUAGAUACGAAUAAAGCAAGAUCUAGAACAUCUUCAGACUGCACGGAUGCUGCUUAUAUAGUUAGACAGAGCAGCUUUAAUAGUCAAGAAGGGAAUGCAUAUAAACUCCAUGAGAUUGUAGAUCCUGUGGGAGAGGAGCCUUUGUCUCCUACCUCUCCUACUCUCAUCCCUCGAAUGAGAAGUCAGUCUUUUUAUGCAACAAAUUUAAAGGACAAGAGUGGUUUUGAAAAAUUUGAGGGUUUUUUUAAGGAAAGGACCUUAAGCUUGAAUAGAGCUACAAGUUCGCAUUCAAUAUCAAAAGAUACAAAACCUCCACCUUCACCUUUAAACUCUUUGUCUGUUGUUUCAGACUCAAGGAGGCCUUCAUCUUGUAUAGACAUAUAUGUUUCAGCAAUGGAUGAGGAACAUUUUGCUCUGGAACCUGGAGAAAGUUCAAUGAAUGUAACCUGCACAGAUCACGUUGCAGAUUCAGCUUCAGCAGGCAGAGGCUGUAGUUCUUCCACUCACUGCAGGAGAAGCUGCAGUAGAAAUCCAAGUUAUGAAGAAAGCACAUUAAUGGAUACAUAUCCUCUAGAAGUAACAAAUAUUCCAACCAGCCAAAAUCCAUGGGAAACAGAUCCUCCUACAUACCAUACAUUAGAGCGUUCUAAAAGUAGCCGUUUGUUGGCUACUGCACCUUUUACCCUAGAGGAAACGCCCAUAGUGAAAUCCCAGAGUUUUAUUUUCUCGCCCUGUAAGAGUUAUUACAGUAAUCUCGGUGUACCUGUAAAAACUGCAGAGUAUACAAGUAUCACAGACUGUAUUGAUACAAGAUGUGUCGGCAAUUCUCCACAGGCUACGGCAGAACGGUCUACAUCUCCAGGGUGCAUUAGAGAAAAAGUGGAAGACCUUAGUUGUUGCUAUCCAGAGAGAGAGGCAGAACUAAGUCACCCAAGCUCAGACAAUGAGGAUAAUGAAACAGAAAUAAAAAACAAAUGUACAAUGACCUCUAUAUCAGCCCAUGAAGGUUCCCCAUCCAGAACUCUCUCCAAUAACUUAACAUUCCCUAAAAUAGAACGUGCAAACAGCUACUCUGCAGAGGAACCAAGUGCACUGUACGCUCACACAAAGAAGAGCUAUUCAAUUAGCGAUAAACUGGACGGGCAGCGUACCACUACAAGCCUUAGAAACCCAUUCCAAAGAAGUAAAUCCUCUAGGCCAGAAAGUAAAGGAGACAAUCUAUCCAUGAGAAGACUUUCAAGAACAGCAGCCUUUCGUAGUUUUGAAAGCAAGCAUAGCUAG